AUGGCGAGGGCUACGAUCCUUGUCCUUCUUGUGGUGCUGGCCGCGGCACUGGCGGUCGCGAGCGCAUCGUCCGGCCUGCGUGGAUUUGUGAGCAAGCGUGCCACGAGUGGCCGCUCGCACUGGCGCCCCCUCACCCCCGCAGAGACCCGGCAAUGGGUCAGCGCCAAGCGCGCUGCCGUCGAUGCUGAUGAGCAGCAGCCCCUGAUCAAGGCCUACGUGGCGCUCAAGGAGAACGCCGCUGGUCUGCGGACCGUACAGGAGUCGGUAGAGGCCUCGUCCGAUCCCGCUCGCCCCGACCGCUACGGCCGCCAUCUCGAAUGGGAAGAGCUCAAUGCGCUGGUGGCUCCAAGCGAAGAUGACGUGGCGCAGGUCGCGCAGUGGCUCGAGCGCGCCGGUGUCGAGCACUGGGAGGUCAUGGCCUCGCGCUCCUGGGUGCGCAUCGCUGCCUCGGCCGAGGCGCUAGAGGCGCUGGUCAAGUGCCGCGUCAGGGCCUACACGCCUCGCAAGGAUUCGACAAGGUCCGAGCGCAUCGUCAUCCAGCGGUGCGAGGAGGAGGUCUACGAGAUCCCGCGCCACCUCGAUCACAUCGUUGACUUCGUCACCCCUAUCGUCGGCUUCCCCAGGCCCAACGGUAAGAAGGCGCAGUACACUGCCCACAGCGGCGCGCCGCUGGAUCAGCCCAACGUGACGCCCACCCUCCUGCGCAAGCUCUACAACAUCACCACACCCGUCGCCAGCCAGGGCGUCAACAACACCCAGGCCGUCUUCGAGACCGAAGACUCGUACUCGAACGCCGACUUGCAGGCCUUCUUCCAGGAGUACGUGCCGCAGAUGGCCGGCCAGAGGGUCAAGAAGACGCUGGGCAACCUGCCCAACGACCCCACGGACCCCGACACCGAGGCCUCGCUCGACAUCCAGUACAUCAUGGCCAUCGGCGCCUUUGCUCCCUCCUACUCGUACAACUACAAUGAUGAGGACGGCGACGAGAUCAAGGUCUUCUUCGACUGGGUCAACGACCUCGCCAACGACCCCAAGCCUCCUCUGUGGAUGAAGCUGGGCUCGCGCGGUCUCACCGUGCUGGUGGCCUCUGGCGACGACGGCGUUGGCUGCAACGACUGGUGCUCGUCCUUCGAGUUCCCCUACCCGUCCUCCCCGUGGAUCACCCUCGUCGGCGCCACCCAGGUCCACCAGGACGCCGGCGUCUUCAGCGAGAUCGGCAGCACCUUCAGCACCGGCGGCUUCUCCAACGACUUUGGCAUUCCCUCCUGGCAAGCGUCGUAUGUUGCGUACUACCUCAACAACUGCCCCAACCUGCCGCCCUCGUCCUACUACAACAGGAGCGGCCGCGGUCUUCCCGAUAUCGCCGCCGCUGGCGAGAAUGUGCAGGUCUUCGUCGGUGGUAGCGUGGAGCCGGUCGCGGGCACGUCGUGCUCGGCGCCCAUCAUCGCCGGCAUCGUGUCGCUCUGGAACGGCAUGCGCCUCCAGGCGGGCAAGUCGUCGCUCGGCUUCAUCAACCCGUUCCUCUACAAGUCCGCGUCGUACGCGUCGGCCUACUAUGACGUUACCUCCGGCAACAACGCCGACGGCUGCUGCCCCGGCUUCAAUGCCUACAAGGGCUGGGAUCCUGUGACCGGUCUGGGCACGCCCAACUUUGACUUCCUCACCAAGCUCGUCAAGGAGCUGCCGUAG